AUGAUUGUGGUCCUAAAGGCGGCCGACGAAAACGGUGAGGCGAUCGUCACCAAGGACAACAACUUUGGAUAUAGUGAACAAGGCAUGAAAGACCUGGAUGAGAUCGGUGGAAUGGUCGGAGGUGGAGAUUCAGAAUUGCUAGGAAUCCUCAGGCCCUACUACUCUAUGAUGGAAAUGUCUGCAAAUGGGAAUAAACAGGGUUUCGGCUCGUACAUCCAAGUGCUUCCCGAUGAAGAAGAGGGCGAUCGCCCAAUCUACAAUCUUGGCGGAUCCUUCUUUGGUGGUAUCGAGCCAGCCGGCGUGAAAAUCGGCCAUAUGAAUCGACCCUUCGGAAAGAAA